CAGCCCAAGUAUAUCCAGGAGUUUCUUUUACACGCUACGCUAUCCUCGGCGACGAUAUCGUCAUCGGAGAUGAGCGGGUGGCUGAGCAUUAUUGCGAGCUAAUUUCGCCACUGAAUGUUCCAUUUUCGUUAGAGAAAUUGUUAGUAUCGUCAGUUGGUGCUUUGGAGUUUGCUAAGCGGUUCUUCAUACGCGGAGUGACUAAGGACUUUUUUCCUGUCUCCUGUCACAUGUUAAGAUCCUUAGUUAGUUCCAUAUCCCUUGUUCCUAUAAUGAGGGCAAUUAUUUCUAAGGAUCUUCCAUUGUCGUAUCGUUUAUGGGAAGCUGGGUACCGGGUGUAUACUCGACGCACGGCGCCUCCUAGGAGACACUGGAAUCGACAUUUCCUCAUCUUUCACUCACCGAACG